UACACACCUUUUUGACAUAAAUGACGUGGUGAAAAGAAAAUUGAAGCCGACAUUGAAAGUGAACAUUUUUUUAACUUUCUUCACUAUAUUUAGUAAUAUCAUAGAGAAAAGUGAAAGAUGUGUUAGAAACAGCUAAAAUCAUGUAAUUUUUAAAAAAAUCGUAUUCUAUUUGUAUGAUUUAACGGCGUUCAGAUUUUUCAUUUCAUACGUGCUAUAACCAAAAAAAAUCAGCCCUUAUUAAAAUAAUAAAAGCAACCGGAGAAACGUCACCUCAAAGCAGAAUUAGUGCAGAAAGAAAAAAAAUAACAAAAAUGUUAUAAAUUGGUGCAUUGAAAUAUCAAAAUUAGAAUAUAUCCAAUUGCAAUAUUUUUCAAUUUUUUAUUUAAAUAAACAUAAUUUGUUUUUUUUAACAAUAUUAACAAUAAGUUUGGUAGUAUUAAGUAGUAAAACAAUCAUAACACAUUAUUAUGAUGAAUGAAGACACGAGUUCGACGUCGUCCAGUGGCGGCGUUAAAAAAUUUUUCCAGCGCUUUUCACAAAUGUAUCAGUCGACGCUUGAUCGUUGGACACCGCAUGCAAAACUUCGUUGGAUUGGUGCUGGCGUUCUUGUAUUACUCUUCCUGCUGCGCAUAUUCGUCUACCAGGGCUGGUACAUAGUUUGCUACGCGCUGGGCAUUUAUCAUUUAAAUUUAUUUAUUGCAUUUUUAACACCAAAAAUAGAUCCAGAAUUCGAUCCAUACGAAAAUGAUGAUGAUGGACCAAAUUUACCGACACGCAAUAAUGAAGAGUUCCGACCGUUUAUAAGACGCUUGCCGGAGUUUAAAUUUUGGUUGUCAAUUACGAAAAGUACAAUUAUUGGUCUGACAUGUACAUUCUUCGAUUUCUUCAAUGUGCCUGUGUUCUGGCCAAUACUGGUGAUGUAUUUCAUAACACUAUUCUGCAUAACAAUGAAACGACAAAUAAAACAUAUGAUAAAAUACCGGUACUUGCCAUUUACACGCAAUAAGCCCCGCUACCAACGUGUGGUUGAACCAACACCAGCAAAGUGACAAUUAACCGCACAGUCACUGCAAAAACCAAACGACAAAUCGCAACAGGAUACAUCGACCGAUAACAAUAUAUAUCCUACAACAACAACAACAACAUCAACAACAACAGCAGCAGCAGCUAUCACAACACCAAUUGCAACAGCAACAGCAACAACAGAAGGUACAAUAAAUGUCGCAAAACCACCGCAAAUAAUCGCAAUUGAGGAAUAAGAGCCAAGUAUCAAUUGAGAUGUAAAAACGAAACAAAUGCAAAACUUCUAAAUAUUUAUUUAAAAAGUUUUUAGAGAAAUUUUUAAUUUUUCUUUUCGGUUAUAAGUAAUACUUUUUGUUGCUAUGUUUAGUUUAAAAUCGUUGUGAGCUAAUAUGCUUUAUUGUUUUUAAUUUGGACAAACGCUGCUUGCGUGCUAUUGUUGUAGCAACCGCACUUGUAGGCAACUGUUUUGGAUUUGAUUAAAAACAAUGGGGAAUUUGUCGCGCAGUGACUCGUGCAAAGAAUUGAACUUUAUAUUUGUAAUACAAUUUAUUAAAUUUAUAUAUUUUUAUUUGUACAAUUGUAAAUUAAUUAUGAAUGUUAAAUUUAUAUUUGUUUUAUAUAAAAAAAUAUUUUAGCAAAGUGCUGGAUUUAUAUUAUCUAUAGUUAUUCUUUAUGAAAAUAUAUAUGUAAUGAAACAUGCAUAUAUAUUCAUAACUUUAAUUAAGCUUUUAGAACAUAAAUCAUACUUUAAAAAAAUUAAACUUUUAGCUUAUAUUAAAAAUAUAAUUGUAUUGUUCAGUUGCUGAACUUCUUCAAUUUGGAAAAACUUAUGAAAUAUAACAUAAAGUAAACUUGAAGCAGCAAUAAUUGAAACUAUAAAUGUUUUAAGUAUUUAUUGUAUGAUGCAGUUGUUUUAUGUUAUAAAUCCAAAAUCAUAACAUACAUGAAUAUAAAUUAAUUAUAUUACUUAAGCAUAUUUUCUGAGCCUUAUUCAAAUUUUACUAUUCAACUGCUUUACGUUUUCCCAAAUAACUUUAAUUUAUUAUGUAUUGUUUGAAUAUUGUUUUUAUUUACUUAGCAUUUGAUAUAGAUAAUGUAAUAGCAAGAACAUAAACAACUUAAAAUUAACUAUUUAAAAUGAAUACAAACAACAGUUUUUCAAACAA